ACUCGUAUAUAAUGCACCUUUAAUUUACUUCCGUAUAUCUAGUUUCGUGAUUAGGUUAACUGUUAAAAUACACGACUAAACAAUAGUCCCUCAGCAAACACUGGACUAAUCUAAAAUUUUCAGAUUUCGUGCUAGUAACGUAUCGUAAUAGGCAUUUAGGACUAAAUUGUUUUGAAGUUAUAUAUAAUGUAAUACUUUUGUUUUGAAAACGAAAGUUGUAAACGAGAAAAACAUGGCGGAAAGAAGGAAGUUUACUGAAAGUGUGCUCGGUGCCUCUGAUGAAAUUUAUGAUUACAACUGUUCCCCUUGCGAAGAAUCUGGAGUAUAUAAGGAAGCACAUAAAUACUGUGAUAGUUGUAAAUUGUAUUAUUGUAAGAAAUGUCUCGGCGAUCACAACAAGUUUCCGGCUUUAAGGGGUCACCUGAUAAAAGAUGUGACCUCUCAACCGAAACCUGCUGUUCCAACUGGAGCACCAGUCGUAUCCGUACCAGCACCACCAGCUGAGCCGUGUGACAACCAUCCUGAAGAAAUGAUAAAGAUGUAUUGUGGUGAACAUGAUGUUGUCUGCUGUACUGUGUGUAUAGCACUCGAUCACAGAGAGUGCAAAGACGUUCACUACAUUCUAAAGCUGGCUAAAGAUAUCAGAACAAGUCAAUAACACAACGACUAUGUGAAAGAGGUGACAAGGAUCAAA